AUGGUUCCAAAACGCGGGAUGUCUCCCCCCAGCUCAUCUUCGAUGACCAGCCUCACGGCACGCGAGAGACUUUAUGUUGUCGAACCGCUAGGACCGCACAGUCAUACACUCAUCCUCCUCCACGGGCUGGGCUCCAAUGGCGAAAAGUUUGGCACAGAGCUGUUGGAAACCGGCCUCACGUCAUCUGGCCACAAGCUCACAGACCUACUUCCCGGUGCCCGCUUCGUUUUUCCUACAUCCAAGCGUCGUCGCUCUACGGCAUUUGGUCGGUCGAUGCUGACGCAGUGGUUCGACAUUGCCCGCCUUGAAGAUCCUUCGUACCGCAAAGAACGACAGCUAGACGGGCUGGCUGAAUCUGCUCGCGAGAUACUGGACAUCAUAGCGACGGAGCUCCAGAAGGUGCAGCCCCAAAACCUCAUAAUCGGAGGCCUGAGUCAGGGCUGCGCCAUGUCGCUUGCCGUGCUGCUGUCAUUGGAACACCCUAUUGGUGGUUAUAUUGGUAUGAGUGGCUAUCUCACGUAUCAAGAUGAACUCGAGAGCGCUGUGCAGGAUGACGUCGAUAGCGACGACCCCUUCGCACGUCCCGGUGAGUCGCAGGACGCUACUGAGCAAGCUAGCCCCGUCAAGGCUCAGGUGGUCGAAAGAGAUCUAUUGGGGCUUCCCUUGUUGGACUGCCCCUCGCAAGAGAAGACGGCAUGCCAGACUCCUGUUUUUCUUGGCCAUGGGGUGGCGGAUGACAAGGUACCGUGUGUGUUGGGAGAGGCUGCGGCACAGCUAAUGCGAAAUGCAGGCUAUCAGGUUGAAUGGAAAUGCUACGAAAACCAAGGGCACUGGUACAAGAUCCCCGAUGAAAUCGACGACAUCUGCAGUUUCAUCGCCUUGAGGGUCGGCUGGGAAAUCGUCAAGCCAAGUCUGUCACAUGAGUCUGAGGGUGGGAUUGAAUCAUGCCCAGAAUAUCUGAGUCAUCAGUAUUGCAAUUCGCUCAACAUCGACAUGACUGUGAGCUCUUUGUGA